CGCGUCCCUCGCUAUGUUAUACAGGAUCGUGGAUCGAUCGAUCGCCUCGUCGUAGGUUCGGCCGGGUCUUAUGUUUGGCCGGGUCACUUUGUGAGUUCGGAAUUACGUGCCAGAUUUCGAGCUCCUGUUUUACGAUGUUAGGACAGCGAUUGUUGGGAUCUUUGGGCGUGGAUGGAUAGUGACGAAUCUAUGGCUGGUGUUACCAAAGAUCGUGCGUGCUAUUUUAGUGGUACUGGGGUCAAGAAUAAUCUAGUUUGGGGUUCAUGGGCAACUAUCACAUUUCCCAUUCCAUGGGCAACAUACACACUUCAGAUUUAUGGUGGAUUAGAUAUAGACUGGAGUAUUAGAGUAACUUUGGUAUCGGUGUAGCAGAUUUUAACUUAAAAAUAACAAUUAGUUCUUGGCGGCUGUCUAUGAAUCACCGACUGAUAAUGGGAGCGUUGUAAAUGUAUAGAGUAGGAUAAUCAUAGUUUGUCAUUCUAGAUGUGCAUUGUGUGUAUCAGCUGCUUUGUGUUGUACUGUAUAUAUUUUUUAGAACACGACACUUAUAUAGAUUAAGUCACAGCAUUACAAUCGUUUUUGGUCAGCUCCAACACGCAGGGAGGAACUGAACCAACCAACACACCAGAACUGCAUUCUCUAGUACAGAACUUUGCGGUCGAAUGUGCUAGCAUAUUGCUGUGCACAGCUCAUGGGUAGUUUACCCUUAUCUCAGUGAGGUAGUAGUCUAGAUAUGCUGAGCCCAGUGAGGUAGUUCACUUCGGAUGUGCGUCAAGAAUGCUGAGAAAUCAGCACAGCACAUGUCCAAGAGACUCAUGACGUUGAUUUUUGGAUGGUUCAUAUGUUUGUGAUCUUAUAAAAUUGGCUUCUCAAGUUCCUCUUUUUUGUGAGCCAGGGGAGAAGCAACUUGGCUUCAACAUUUAAUGAUCUUAAUAUGUGUAGCUGUGGAAGUAUAUCGUCACUUACUACUGUUGCUAGGGUGUAUCAGAAGAGAGGCAAUGGUGUGACCAUUGAACUAUUUGGUGGAAAUGAAAUGAGAUAGGUGGGAUAGUCAAGGAAAAUCAGGCUCACUGUCCAAAGAUACACUAUGUGAACUUCAGUCAAUGUAGGACAGAUGUAGUUGAUAUGCUGUGCUUAUGGAAUAAAGAAUAGAUGUUUAAGGGGUAUUAUGCAUUAGAAAGGAGGAUGUGCAUUACCCUGUGAAUCACACUCCUCUUAAGCAUCAUAUCCUUCAUUCACUUUGAAGUUGAGAUGCCCUUAUAAAUUUAACAAAGCCUAACUGCCUGACAGUCUUAAGGAUUAUUUUGGCUUAUAUAUGAAGCUUGAAGCUUCUUCAAGGGGUUGUUAAUUAUAGAAUAAUAAUUAUAUGUCAGCUAUGUGUAACUGUAUUGUUGUAAAUGAUUAGUAGCAAGUCCUAAUAGCUUCCAGAACACUUUUGACCUUCUCAUAUCUUGCUUUGCUCAAAUCUAAUUCAAAAUUUCGAAAUCUUAUGUGAAGCUGCAUAUUCUGGAUCCUGCAAUCAUGUUUAUUGUUUGUAUGUACAUGCUGAGUAUAACAUUGAUUUUCUGGAUUGAACAUUAAGUAUAACAUUGCUUUAUGUUUGCCCUUUGAUGUGUGCUACUUAUGCCAAAGCAAAUGGAAACUUGGGUUGGGAUAAGACUACUAGGGGUGCUAAUUCAUCUAUGUACCUUGUUUUGUUCUUCAGUGUGUAACCUACCUUCUA